UCACACGUCACAUAGUUGAUGCUGCCGGUUGAACUUCAAUACAAGAAAAGAAUCAAGGCACUGAGCCAUUACGUUGAAAAACACAAAAAUUUCAAGCAAGAGUUAACACUUGAGGCGUUCUAGACGAAGUCGUUGAAGUUGAUGAAGAAUGUCAAACAAAUGUGUUAUUGUAUUAGCUCCCAAUGGCAGACGUCAAAAUGUCAAAGUUACCCCAAACACGACUAUUUUGCAGGUUCUCGAGGAAGUAUGCCACAAGCAGGGAUUCAAAGCUGAGGAGUACGACAUAUUACACCAUAAUAAGGUUCUUGAUGCCACUUCGAUCAUGCGAUAUACUGGAUUACCAAAUAACGCACAGCUGGAAAUGGCUGCAGCUCUAAAAGCAAGAGCUGAAAGCAGUGUCAAAGUGGGUCUUGCUCUUGAAAGUGGUGGUCGUGUCAUGGGAGAAUUUGAACCUUCAGAUUCUCUGUGGCAUGUGGUUAAGACAUUGUGUCCUGAGGAGGCUGAGGCAGAUGAAUCUGCUGAAAUAUUACCUGUCAUAUUUUAUGUUGGUCGUGAAGAAUGUGGUGUGGAAAAUUUAGAGAAAACAACAUUGCGUAGCUUGGGUCUUACAUCAGGUGGAGCAAUUCUUAGGUUUUUUAAAAAAGCAAGAGAUGAGCUUAAAAGGCAAGCUAAUGUUUCAGCACCUUUGCCACGAUUAAUCGCUGCUCAGGAACCUAUGGUCAAACAGUCCAACAGCAGCAUUCCUCAGAAAAACUUGAAGUAUCCUGCAAUGAGUGUGGGUGGAGCUAGUACUUCCCAUCAAUCAUGUCCUGUUGCACCUGAAGUUGUUGAAGAUGGAUCUCAAUGUGACUCUAAUGAUGUUCAAUUAAAUCCUGCCAAGAAACAAAUUUCAAGUUCUGCGGAAGGUGAACAUAACACUGGAACAAUUGCAGAAAUUGAAGGGAAAUCCAACAGUGAAGUAGAUAUGGACUAUGAGGAUACUUCUCAAUGUACAAUUCAAGUUUCAUCUACUGAAAGCUCAUCUGUGCACACUAUGCCACAAGAAAAUGCACCCACCGAGGCAGCUGAGGAAACAAUCGUAUUUUUGGGGGAACGUAAUGCAGUUCUCUUUGAUGUAACAACCGCUAGGGCUUGUAAACCAGAGGAUGUUCCCGAUGAUUUCUUUGACUUAACAGUCGAUGAUGCAAAACAACUUCUACGAGACAUGAAGCGCAGACAGGCUGCACUUGAAGAACGACCCUUGGUAACUUCCCAGUAUAGAGAACUAGAGAAGUCCAAACAAGUGCUAAGUGCUCUGAACCAGUAUAAACGCUGUAUCAUUAAGGUGCAAUUUCCUAAUCAGUUAGUAUUACAGGGAACAUUUACUCCUCUUGAGAAAGUUUCUCAUGUCAUAGAUUUUGUCAGGAAAUACCUUCAAGAUCCUUCAAUUGAGUUUGAAAUCUUUACUACCCCUCCCAAGGAAGUAUUAAUGCCUGACCAAACAUUAGUUGAUGCUAAUUGUGUACCUGGAGCUUUGGUGUAUUUCCUUUCACCGGCUAUUUGUCCCCUUAACGGGUCUUACAUUAGUGAAGAAGUAAUGGCUCAAGUAUCUACUGCUUCAGCAGCAGCAGCGGCCGCUGAAUCGAUGCGCAGAAAUAUUGUUCCCAGGAGAGUUGAACCUGGUCCUAGUCAAGAAUUUUCAGCUAGUACAUCAAAUGCAAGAACUGAAAAUCGAAAUGAAUCUAAAACGAGACCAAGCAGUGAAGGAAAAGUACCCAAGUGGUUUAAAUCUAAGUAAAUAUGUUAUUUGAUGUUGGAAAUGAAUUGUAACAAUAAAGUGGUUUAAAAUGAUUUAUUGAUCAUUGGAAAAAUAAAA